GCCAACCGAGAAUUGUUAAUCGAAUACAUGAUGCAGAUGGAUGAGUUGGACGUAAAAAUGUUCAAUAGAGAUCAAUCACAGAAUCAGGUUGUCGUUAAUGAGGCUCGUCGAGAAGAAAAUGGCAGAACGCUAGCAGUGGAGUCGGAAAUAAUUAAUGAAUCUGAAUCCAGUAAAUCUCAGGCACCAGCCUCACUGAUGACGACAGAGUCUGCCAGCACACGACAGAUUGCACCAUCGAUUGAGCAAUCAAGAGGUUCGUCGGAAUUACCUCGUACGAUAUCAAGGACCGAAGCUGUCAGGCAGGACGUCAAGAGGUUGAAAAGCGUCACGUUGAAUAGAAUGGGAAAAAUAUUUAAGACGCAUACACCAUCUACUAUAGGAAAAUCUUCUUUGGACUUGGACAGCAAUGUGAGAAGCGUCGAUAAUUAUGAAGAGAAAGCAUCGGUGAAAGAGAAGACAAACUCUUUGGGAAGGAUGUUUAAGCUCGUCGACAAAGACGGCUCGCCCAGAAAACUUUUUGCCCGUCCCCGGACAGGAUCGCUGAGUCGUAUACUACGUAGGUAUCCUCGUAAUGAGGAAAAUGGAGUUACCGAUAAAUCCACGGAGGAUUCCGGGCGUGGAAUUUUCUCCAGAAUACUCAGCCAACUGAGAGGAAAGUAAAGAUUCAAAGAAACUUGUCGAGCGAUCCUUUA